CUCUGGGGAAUUUGUGCCCCGCCCCCCUGCUGUGGUGCCACAACCUGCCCAGCCUCCCUGGACACGGCUUCCAGCACAGCAGCGUCCCUCGUCCCCGGGGCAACCCCCGCUCCCAUUUCCAGGGAAACCCUGCAUGGCGGGCGUCGUGGUUGCCACAGCAACCCCUAUGGGUGCAGGUCACUUCAUGGCCAGCCCAGAGGGGCAACGGCAAGGACACAGGUGCGGGCCCGGGGCUGACACUCCCAUAGCCCAGGCCAGCACCCGGCUCUGCCACCAUGAGCUCCGGGACAAGCAAGCAGGGAGACGAGGACACACCUGCGGGGCCCCACCUGGGGCUGGACGCUGUGAUCCAGAGGCUGCAGGACACAGUUCUGGGCCCAGGAGCGCAUCGAGAAGACCGUGCACUGACCAUGCGUGGGGACAACUGGAGGAUCCCACCUGCCCCGGUGCCAGCCAGAAUCCGUGAUAUCGUGGCCAGCAGUCUAGGCGAGGGACCUCCUGAAGGGGCCCCUCAGGCCACCUCCCCAGAGCAGGAGGAGAACCGGCUGUUGCGGGACGAGUUGGCCCGGCUGGAGGAGCUGCUGGCCCAGGCAGGCACCGAGCGGGAUCAGCUGGCUACCAGGUGCCACACACUCAGCAAGGGGCUGCAGGCCCGUCUGGACACAGCGCAGGCACGGCUGAGGAGGUCUGAGUUGCUUCAUAGUGCGGACUUGGAGGAGGCAUUGGGCCGGCUGGAAGCCUCAGAGCAGAGGGGUUCGGGCCUGUCACAGGUAAAUGCGGUGCUUCGGGAGCAGCUGGAGCACAUGAGAGUUGCCAACGAGGCACUGGCGAGGGAGCUGGUGGCUGCAGCGCGCAGCGUGGGGCACCUAAGGGCCAAACUGGAGCAGAGAGAGGCACGGCACUGGACGGAGCAGAGAGAGUUCCUGCACCCUCGUCCCGGGGAGCCCCAGGCCUUCUUGCGGCUGUGGCGGCAAGUGGCUGCACUCAGGGCACACCUGGCAGAGCUGCGGGAGGCCACUGACAGGGGCCUUGCCGACAUGCGGGUGGAUGCAGCCCGAACGGCCGGGCGUCUGCGCACAGCCUGUGUGCACCUGGACUCUACCCUGAGGCAGGAGGCACGAGGUUCCCCAGGCCCGGAUGGCCACAUGCGGCACAAAAUACGAGAACUUCUGCAGCUGCAGGGAUGUUGGGAUGCCGAGAAGGUGGCACUGCAGGCCAGACUCUCUGAGCAGGCCCUGCUAAUGGAGAAGCUCAGAGAGGAGGCGGCGAAGCAGGAGGAAACCAUCUGUGCCCUCCGGGCUGAAGCUCAGGAGGCAGACCGUCACAGAGGCCACCAGGACUGCAUGGAGGAGGUGGCAGCCCUGCAGCGGGUACUGAGCAGCAUCACACAGGUGGCCCAGGCUGAUAUGCAGGGCCUGGAAGGCCAGGAGGAGCAGGGCCACCCAAGGACCCCUCAGCGCACGGUGUCCCCCCAGCUGGCUUUGUCCCCUACCCGGGGCCACUCUCCAUCGGUUCCAGACCCCACACUGCAGGCGGUACAGGCAGCAUUGGCCAGGAGGCAACAGCGGGAACAGAAUCUGCGGCUGCAGCUGGAGGCCUCCCAGGAGGAGGCAAACCAUCUCCGGAAGCAGCUGUCUGAGAGCCAGCGCGAGGAACGGGCAGCAUGGCAGCGCCUGCAGGAAGGGACACGGGAGCAGGAGACCCUCAGGGAAGCUGCUGAGGCACAGAGGCGACAGGCACAGAGCUGCAGAGUGUCCAGCAAGCUGCUGGGAAGGGAGAAGGCAGCGCUGGAGGCUGAGGUGGGGAAACUGAGGGCCCAGGCUGCAGACUGGGAGCUGGAGCAGCAGAGACUGGAGGCCAUGAACCAGGAGCUGCAGAGGUACGUCCGGCUGGGAGCUGAGCAGCAGGAGGCGCAGGCCCAGCAGAUGGAGCAGGACAGGAGACAGCUGAGAAGCAGUCAGGGCCGCCUGGAGCAGCUGGAGGAGACUGUGUCAAGACUCAAGGAAGAGCUGGGGUCAGCCCGGGAGGCACUGAGCACUGUGCAGCUGCAACGAGACCUGGCCGAGAGUGAGCGCGCAGGCCUGCAGGGCGCCCUGGCCCGGGCUGAGUCCAGCAAAGCAGACCUGGAGCAGCUGGUGUCCCAUUUGAAGUCAGAGGGGGUGGGUCAGAGGGACGCCCUGGCCAAGGUGGCUUCGCUGACAGAGGAACUGGCCCAGGACAAGGGCACCCUGAGCUGCCUGGUCCAGCAGCUGGAGCAGGAGCGGGCCCAGCUGCAGGAGCAGCGGAUAGUGCUGGAGCGGGAGCGGGCAGAGGCCCGAGAGCAGCUGCUUAGGACAGAGCAGCGGCUAGAGCUGGCAGGAGCCGAGAGCAGGGGCCUGGAGGAGCAGCUGGAGGCCCAGGCAGCCAGGUUCAGGCGCCAGAAGGAUGAGCUGAAAGAGCAACUGGGUCAGGUCACAGGUGAGAAGCAGGCACUGGAGGAACAGCUGGCUCAGAGCCUUCAGGAACAGGGCACCCAGGUGAGCAUGCUCCAGAGAGUGCUGCAAGAGAAGGAGGCUCUGUCUGCUGAGCGGGCACAGCUGCUGGCCAAGCAGGAGGCCCUGGAGCGGCAGGGCCAACUCACGAUGGAGGAGGCGGCAGAGCUCAGGUCUGAGAGAGACUCCCUGGAGACCAGCCUCUGGGAGGCCCAGCAGCAGGUGACUGAGUGGCAGGAGCAGCUGGCAGGAGUGGCCCAGAGUGCACGGCAGACAGGACAGGAGCUGCAAGCAAAAGUGGCAGCACUGCAGCAGGACCUGGAGCAGCAGCAGCAGGAGGCCCGGAGGGAGCGGGAGGAAGGCCUGGCCCACCAGAAGGACUUGGCCCGACUGCAGAUGGAGAAGGAGAGCCUGAGUCUGUCUCUGACAGAAGAGAAGGAGCUGGCUGCAAGAAGUGCAGCCCAGAGUGAAACUCUGAAGGAGGAAAUUCAGAGUCUACGACAGGAGAAUGAUGAGAGGAUCCUUCAGAUGGAAAACCAGAUGCAACAGGCACUGUCGCUAAAGGAUGCAAAGAUGAAGCUGCUGAGGGAGGAGGUGGCCAGGGCUGUACAGGAGCUGGACCAGGUGCGGCGGGAGGCCCAGAGCCAGCAGGCUCGAGCUGAGGACUCGCUGGGCAUCACGGCCAUGGAGCUGAGGGCCCUGCAGGCCCAGUUCGAGGAGGCCAUCACAGCCCACCAGGCAGAGACAGAGACUCUGAGGACCAAACUUCGGGAGAUGGCGGCAGAGAGAAGCAGCUCUGGGAGAGAGGCUGAGCGGGUGCGUGCCCAGCUGACUGAGGCACGGGAGGCACUGGCCAGGCUGCAGGAGGAGCUUCGGGGUUGCUGCAGGGAAGCCCAAGAGGCCAGGAAGGCACGGAAAGAGGAAGCACAGGCUAGGGCCACACUAGAGCGUUCCAACACGGAGUUGCGGGCUGCCCUCUGUACCGCUGAGCAUCACAGGGCCAGCUCCAGGCGCUGCGAGGAGCUGGCCCAGAAGGUAUUAGUCCUGAGGGAGGCACGGCAGGUGGCCGAGGAAGACAUGACCCAGCUGCGGGUGAGCCUGCAGCAGGCAGAGCAGGAGCUGAGGGAGGCCCGCCGAGAGCUGCAGGGGCUUCAUGCACAGGUGGAGACGCUAGAGGCCAAGAGGCAGCAGCAGGCCCAGGAGUUGAGACAGUUGCAGGCACGGGGCGUUCAAGAAACCCGGGAGCUCCAGAAGCAAGCAGCCAAGGCCCAGGCUGACCGUGAGGGGACCUGCAAGGAGGUGCUGCGGCUUCAGAAAGCGCUAGCAGAAGCAGAGGCCAUGGGGGAGGCACGGGAGACGCGGCUGUGGAGGCAGGUGCGGGAGAGCCAGAGUGCCACACGGGCACUACGGGCAGAGCUGCAGCGGGCCACGGGCCGGGCCAACACACUGCAGGCCCGCCUGGACCAGGCCAGUGGCCAAGCACGAGGCCUGGAGGAGGAGCUGGGCCAAGUCCAGGGUGCCCGAAGGGCAGCAGAGGAUCAGCUCAACCGACUGUGGGGGACACUGCGCCGGAGCCUGGGGCUGCAGGGACGGAGCCCUUCGACCUCACCAGAACGGCCUGGCUCCCCCAUCAAAGGGAUCCGUAGCUCCCAGGGUCUCUUCAGGCCUGGCUCACCUCUCCGGGGACCCUGGCCUGUGCUCCAUGACCUGGGGACUGAGGUGGAUGUGGCCGCAGCACGGGAUGCCCUGAAGGACGUGAUCCGGCAGCUUCGUGAGGCCCAGCACCAGCGGGAUGACUGGCGCUUCCAGGCUGAGCGGCUGAGCCUGCAUCUGAGCGAGGAGGAGAGCAAGUGGGCACAGGCGCAGAGCCGCACAGGGCAGCUGCAGAAGCUGCUGGCAGAGGCUGAUGAAGAAAGAAGUGGAUGUGAUCCACCAGGCCCUCCACAAAAGUGGGCAGCGCAGCCAGCAGCUGGAGGAGCAGGUGGCCAGCCUGGAACACAGGUGCCAGGAGGUGGAGAGGGCACUGGCAGCCCAGCAGCAGAUAGAGGUGCCCAGAGGCACAGGACAUGUGGAGAGGUCCGAGGGCAGGUAGAAACACCCAGAGGCCUCCUGUCCACAGCCACCCAACGAGAACCUUAAAGAUGGACCCAUAUGUACUGUCCCACCCAGAAGCAGCCCUAGGACCUGAUCACAGAGGGCUUACUACCCAAGGACACAAGGACAUGGGCCAGCCCACCCGAGUGCCACAGGGCCCAAGUCCCCAAUCCUGGGGUUCCUGGUGGAAGGGCAGGCAGGAGUUCAGGGGACCAACCAUACUGUUGCAUCAUCACAGCUACAGGAGUACUGGGC